GUAACAUAUACACAAGCAUAUUGUAACAUUAGAUGGCGUCUACUGAAAACCCCGAUCCAGAAACAGGCAAAUCCGAACCGCUUCCGGCGUCCACUGAACCACUACCACCACCACCACCACCGUACUCAGUAACUGGUUUCCUAGACUGCCGAAAAAUAGACAUCAUUAUUAGAGUUCUGCUUUUCUCAGCCACACUGGUUGCUCUUAUAGUAAUGGUGACUAGCGACCAGACCGAGAUGACUCAGCUCCCUGGAGCUCCAUCUCCUGCUCCUGUCUCCGCCGAGUUCAGUGACUCGCCCGCUUACAUAUACUUCGUGGUGGCUCUUGUGGUGGCUGGUUUCUACGCCUUAAUCUCAAUACUUAUUUCCAUAUCUCUACUCUUACGACCUGAGUUCGCUUCACAGUUCUCCACUUACAUAUCUUCCUUUGACAUGGUGGUGCUAGCGAUGUUGGCGUCUGCGACGGGAACCGCGGGAGGAGUUGCGUACAUAGCGUUGAAAGGAAACGAAGAUAUUGGGUGGAACAAGAUUUGUAAUGUUUACGACAAGUUUUGUCGUUACAUUGCAACUUCGCUUGCCUUAUCUCUCUUUGCUUCUCUUCUGCUUCUUGUUUUAUCGAUUUGCUCUCUGUCCAAGAGAACAACAACAUGAAACAAGUACUAAACCGUAAUGACAAAUCCUAUCGAUUCUAAUGUGUGCUUUGUUCACACGCGUGUGUGUAUUAUUGUGAGUCUGGUUUGGUUUGCUCGUUAUGUUAUGUAUAUCUUUCUAUCUUAUGGUGGUUGUUGUAACUUGUGAUCAUAAGCAUACGUUUCUGUCUAGUGACUUUAUUUGUAGCUUAAAUCAACGAAUCAUGUGAUUUCACAUAUCUCUGUUUAUAAUCUUGCUAUUUACACGAAUUCCUCAUUAUUAAAGAAACACACA